UCUUCGUUUAGCAGUUUAGUGAGGCCUGGUACUAAAUAGUCGGGCUCCCUGUGGCUGGUCGUGUCUCGUGGCACGUCACUGUUUCGAGGGUUUGGUUGAGUUCAGUUUCGCAUCUAUCCGCUCGCUUUUUCUCGCUUUAUAACUGGAAAAUGGCUGAACCACUGAGAGUAUGUAUCACAGGGGCUGCUGGUCAAAUCGCGUAUUCCCUGCUGUACUCUGUUGCCAAGGGAGAUGUGUUUGGAGCCAAUCAGCCAAUCAUCCUCCACCUCUUGGACAUCACGCCAAUGAUGGGCGCUCUUGGUGGUGUUGUUCUUGAGCUCCAGGACUGUGCCAUUCCCCUGCUACACGAGGUUGUUGCAACAGAUGAUGCUGAGAAAGCAUUCACUGACAUUGACGUUGCCAUCCUUGUUGGUGCUAUGCCGAGGCGUGAGGGCAUGGAGAGGAAGGAUCUGCUGAGUGCCAACGCCAAGAUCUUUGAGGCUCAGGGCAAAGCUCUGGACAAAGUAGCCAAGAAAACUUGUAAGAUUCUUGUGGUUGGUAACCCCGCCAACACCAACUGCCUGAUUGCACAACGUUGGGCUCCCAGCAUCCCUAAGGAGAACUUCAGCUGCCUGACUCGUCUGGAUCAGAACAGAGGCGGCUCCCAGAUUGCUGGCCGACUUAACCUUCGAGUUGACCAAGUUAAGAAUGUGAUCAUCUGGGGAAACCAUUCCGCAACCCAGUACCCUGAUGUUAACCACGGCAAAGUGUGUGUGAACGGCAACUGGGUGGCUAUCCGUGAUGCUGUCAAAGAUGACGACUACCUCAAUGGGGAGUUCAUCUCGACUGUGCAGAAGCGCGGUGCUGCCAUCAUCAAGGCGCGCAAGUUGUCAAGUGCUAUGUCAGCAGCCAAGGCUAUCUGUGACCACAUGCGGGACUGGUGGUUCGGUACCAGAGAGGGUGAAUGGGUGUCCAUGGGAGUAGUCUCUGAUGGCUCCUAUGGGAUCGAGGAGGGGCUUGUGUACUCCUUCCCUGUACAAAUCUGUGACCGCACCUGGAAGAUCGUACAGGGGCUCAGCAUCAACGACUUCUCCCGUGAAAAGAUGAACGCCACCGCUACUGAGCUGAAGGGUGAGAGCGAGGCCGUCAAGGAUCUGCUGCCCAACGCCUGACUGGCGAAACUCUAGCGACACACCUCGCCCUCUCCAUCUGAGGGACCUUUAUGGAGCGGUGCAACUAACAAAGGAUAGGACGCUAUGAUUUUACAAAAGAGAUUUGGAUAGACGCUUAAGAUAAAGAACGAACAAAAAAGUUAAACGUGUCAAAAAGUGUUACUUAGAAAUAAUGAUCUGUUCUUAAUGAA